AUGACAGAAUCCGAACAAGAAAUGGAGAUAGUGGCAGCCUCUACUAGAGAACAUAAGAUCGGAUCUCCAGAAACCACAGAGGUGUCUGAAACGACAGAAUCCGAAGCAGAAACAGAGUUAGUGGCAGCCUCUACUAGAGAACAUAAUAUCGAAACUCCAGAAGUCACAGAGGUGUCUGAAACGUUCUCUGAGACGACAGAAUCCGAAAAAGAAACGGAGAUAGUGGCAGCCACUACUAGAGAACAUAAUAUCGAAACUCCAGAAGCCACAGAGGUGUCUGAGACGACAGAAUCCGAAGCAGAAACGGAGAUAGUAGCAGCUGCUACUCGAAAACAUAAGAUCGAAACUCCGGAAGCCACAGAGGUGCCAGAGACGUUCUCUGAGAUGACAGAAUCCGAAGAAGAAACGGAGAUAACGACAGAAUCCGAAGAAGAAACGGAGAUAGUGGCAGCCUCUACUAGAGAACAUAAGAUCGGAUCUCCAGAAACCACAGAGGUGUCUGAGACGUUCUCUGAGACGACAGAAUCCGAACAAGAAACGGAGAUAGUGGCAGCCUCUACUAGAGAACAUAAAAUCGAAACUCCGGAAGCCACAGAGGUGUCUGAGUCGUUCUCUGAGACGACAGAAUCCGAAGAAGAAACGGAGAUAGUGGCAGCCUCUACUAGAGAACAUAAGAUCGAAUCUCCAGAAGCCACAGAGGUGUCUGAGACGUUCUCUGAGACGACAGAAUCCGAACAAGAAACGGAGAUAGUGGCAGCCUCUACUAGAGAACAUAAAAUCGAAACUCCGGAAGCCACAGAGGUGUCUGAGUCGUUCUCUGCGACGACAGAAUCCGAAGAAGAAACGGAGAUACUGGCAGCCUCUACUAGAGAACAUAAUAACGAAACUCCGGAAGCCACAGAGGUGUCUGAGACGUUCUCUGCGACGACAGAAUCCAAAGAAGAAACGGAGAUAGUGGCAGCCUCUACUAGAGAAUAUAAGAUCGAAACUCCAGAAACCACAGAGAUCGAAACUCCAGAAGCCACAGAGAUGUCUGAGACGUUCCCUGAGACGACAGGAUCCGAAGAAGAAACGGAGAUAGUGGCAGCCUCUACUACAGAACAUAAGAUCGGAUCUCCAGAAACCACAGAGGUGUCUGAGACGUUCUCUGAGACGACAGAAUCCGAACAAGAAACGGAGAUAGUGGCAGCCUCUACUAGAGAACAUAAAAUCGAAACUCCGGAAGCCACAGAGGUGUCUGAGUCGUUCUCUGCGACGACAGAAUCCAAAGAAGAAACGGAGAUAGUGGCAGCCUCUACUAGAGAAUAUAAGAUCGAAACUCCAGAAACCACAGAGGUGUCUGAGACGUUCUCUGAGACGACAGAAUCCGAACAAGAAACGGAGAUAGUGGCAGCCUCUACUAGAGAAUAUAAGAUCGGAUCUCCAGGAACCACAGAGGUGUCUGAGACGUUCUCUGAGACGACAGAAUCCGAACAAGAAACGGAGAUAGUGGCAGCCUCUACUAGAGAACAUAAAAUCGAAACUCCGGAAGCCACAGAGGUGUCUGAGUCGUUCUCUGCGACGACAGAAUCCGAAGAAGAAACGGAGAUAGUGGCAGCCUCUACUAGAGAGCAUAAUAACGAAACUCCGGAAGCCACAGAGGUGUCUGAGACGUUCUCUGCGACGACAGAAUCCAAAGAAGAAACGGAGAUAGUGGCAGCCUCUACUAGAGAAUAUAAGAUCGAAACUCCAGAAACCACAGAGAUCGAAACUCCAGAAGCCACAGAGAUGUCUGAGACGUUCCCUGAGACGACAGGAUCCGAAGAAGAAACGGAGAUAGUUGCAGCCUCUACUACAGAACAUAAGAUCGGAUCUCCAGAAACCACAGAGGUGUAUGAGACGUUCUCUGAGACGACAGAAUCCGAAGAAGAAACGGAGAUAGUGGCAGCCUCUACUAGAGAACAUAAGAUCGGAUCUCCAGAAACCACAGAGGUGUCUGAGACGUUCUCUGAGACGACAGAAUCCGAAGAAGAAACGGAGAUAAUGACAGAAUCCGAACAAGAAACGGAGAUAGUGGCAGCCUCUACUAGAGAACAUAAGAUCGAAACUCCAGAAGCCACAGAAGCAACUGAAACUGGAGAAAUCUUUUUCAUUAGUUUUUCAACUACAGGUUAG